AUGGCGGGCGGGGAAGACCGCGGGGACGGGGAGUCGGUAUCGGUGGUGACUGUGCGGGUACAGUACCUGGAAGACACCGACCCCUUCGCAUGUGCCAACUUCCCAGAGCCGCGCCGGCCUCCUACCUGCAGCCUGGACGGAGCAUUGCCCCUGGGCGCACAGAUACCGGCGCUUCACCGCCUACUGGGAGCGCCGCUCAAGUUGGAAGAGUGUGCCCUACAAGUGUCUCCUUCUGGAUACUACCUGGACCCCGAGUUGUCCCUGGAAGAGCAGCGGGAGAUGCUGGAAGGCUUCUAUGAAGAGAUCAGCAAAGGACGGAAGCCCACGUUGAUCUUGCGAACCCAGCUCUCUGUAAGGGUCAAUGCCAUCUUGGAAAAGCUGUAUGGCUCCAGUGGCCCUGAGCUCCGCCGCUCACUCUUCUCACUGAAGCAGAUCUUCCAGGAGGACAAGGACUUGGUGCCUGAGUUUGUGCAUUCAGAGGGGCUGAGUUGCCUGAUCCGUGUGGGUGCUGCGGCUGACCACAAUUACCAGAGCUACAUCCUUCGAGCACUGGGCCAACUGAUGCUUUUUGUGGAUGGGAUGCUAGGGGUGGUGGCGCACAGUGAAACCGUGCAGUGGUUGUACACACUAUGUGCCAGUCUGUCCCGCUUGGUGGUGAAGACAGCCCUGAAGCUGCUGCUGGUGUUUGUGGAAUACUCUGAGAACAAUGCACCACUCUUCAUCCGUGCAGUCAACUCUGUGGCCAGCACCACUGGUGCGCUCCCAUGGGCCAACCUGGUAUCCAUCCUAGAGGAGAAAAAUGGCGCUGACCCUGAGCUGCUGGUGUAUGCUGUCACCCUCAUCAACAAGACACUGGCCGCUCUCCCGGAUCAGGAUUCCUUCUACGACGUGACCGACGCACUGGAACAGCAGGGUAUGGAGGCUCUGGUCCAGCGACACUUGAGCACCGCAGGCACUGACUUCGACCUUCGUACACAGCUGGUGCUUUACGAGAGCGCCCUGCGGUUGGAAGAUGGAGACCUCGAGGAAGUCGCUGCGGGUGGACGGCGAGAGCGCCGAAAGCCGUCGUCAGAAGAGGGCAAGAGGAGUCGCAGAUCUCUGGAAGGUGGAGGCAGCACUGCAGUGCGGACCCCAGAGCCUGGUUCCACAGGCCCCGCCUCACCGGUAAGCCCCGCCUCCUGCCCUUUGGGCCCUGCCCAGCUGAGAGCACCUACCUCCAGCCUCGUGGACCCAGCCUCUGGCCUCCGUUCCUCUGUGACCCUCUUCCCUAGCAUCUCCACGACACCUGCAACUGACAACUCCUGUGAGCGAAGUGUCUACAAAGCCCGAUUCCUGGAGAAUGUAGCGGCAGCAGAAACAGAGAAGCAGGCUGCGCUGGCCCAGGGCCGUGCAGAGACACUGGCUGGUGCCAUGCCUGAUGAGGCCGAUGGACACUCAGAUACCCGGGAACUAUGGAGCUCCCCAGAGCCUGUCCCUACCCCUAAAACACCCCAGAGCCCUGUUUCCCGACUUCUCUGGGCCCAACAGAGUGUUGAACCAGAGCCCAAGGAGCCAUUGACCUCACCAAUUCCUGAGGUUGCGCCCAGUCGGGAGCUCCGUACCCACACACCCAAGCUCUGCAUUGGGGAUCUGGACUUCUCAGAUCUGGGGGAGGAUGAAGACCAGGACAUACUGAACUUGGAAUCUGUGGAGGCCGUGAAAGGGGUCUCACCUCCGCCACCCCUGCUCUCAGGAGCACCCCCACCUCCCCCGCCCCUACCACCCCUGCUAUCAGGAACACCUCCACCUCCUCCACCCCCACCUCCCCCACCAACCAAAGGCCCCUUUCCACCACCACCACCCCUGGCUUCCCUACUUUCUCCAUCAGCUCCUGAUGGCCCAGCUCUCCCCACUAAGAGGAAGACAGUAAAGCUCUUCUGGCGGGAGCUGAAGGCGGCUGGGGGCCCUGGAGGCUCUGGGGGCCGCUUUGGGCCCUGUCCUACUCUGUGGGCUUCACUGGAGCCUGUCUUGGUGGACACCGCUCGGCUGGAACACCUGUUCGAGUCCCGUGCCAAGGACGUGCUGCCCUCCAAGAAAGCUGGUGAAGGCCGCCGGACAAUGACCACAGUGCUGGACCCCAAGCGCAGCAAUGCCAUCAACAUAGGCCUGACAACUUUGCCACCUGUGCACGUCAUCAAGGCUGCCCUGCUCAACUUUGACGAGUUUGCUGUCAGCAAGGAUGGCAUUGAGAAACUACUGACCAUGAUGCCCACGGAAGAUGAGCGGCAAAAGAUUGAGGAGGCGCAGCUGACCAACCCUGACAUACCCCUGGGCCCAGCCGAGAACUUCCUGCUGACCCUCGCCUCCAUCGGGGGCCUGGCCGCCCGCCUACAACUCUGGGCCUUCAAGCUAGACUAUGACAGCAUGGAACGGGAAAUUGCAGAGCCACUGUUUGACUUGAAAAUGGGCAUGGAACAGCUAGUGCAGAAUGCCACCUUCCGCCGCAUCCUGGCCACGCUGCUGGCGGUGGGCAACUUCCUCAAUGGUUCCCAGAGCAGCGGCUUUGAGCUGAGCUACCUGGAGAAGGUGUCUGAGGUGAAGGACACAGUGCGCCGGCAGUCACUGCUACACCAUCUCUGCUCCCUGGUGCUCCAGACUCAGCCCGACUCCUCCGACCUCUACUCAGAAAUCCCUGCCCUGGCCCGCUGUGCCAAGGUGGACUUUGAGCAGCUGGCCGAGAAUCUAGGACAGCUGGAGUGUCGGAGCAGGGCAGCUGAGGAGAGUCUGCGGGGCCUAGCCAAGCACGAGUUGGCCCCAGCCCUGCGUUCCCGCCUCACCCACUUUCUGACACAGUGUGCCCGCCGUGUUAACAUGCUUCGGAUAGUGCACCGUCGGGUCUGCAACAGGUUCCACGCCUUCCUGCUCUACCUAGGCUAUGCAGCCCCAGCAGCCCGAGAGGUACGCAUCAUGCAGUUCUGCCACACACUGCGGGAGUUUGCACUCGAGUAUCGGACUUGCCGUGAACGAGUGCUUCAGCAACAGAAGAAGCGGGCCACCUACCGUGAGCGCAACAAGACUCGGGGUCGAAUGAUCACUGAGACAGAGAAGUUUUCAGGUGUGGCAGCUGGGGAGACUCCCAGCAUCCCAGCUAUCCCAGUGGCCGUGGGUAGUGGGCCCGGACAGGGUGAUGCCGACAGUCAUGCUAGCAUGAAGAGUGUGCUGACCAGUAGACCUGAGAACACUACACAUGGCCGCCGCAGCAGAGGCAUGGUGCAGAGCAGCUCCCCUGGGACACCCACACCAGUGCUGCCGUCCACUGCACCCCCCGAAGAACCACUAGCCUCUGGUUCACCCAGUGACGCUUCAGAUGAGAUCAUGGACCUACUGGUGCAGUCAGUGACCAAGAGCAGUCCCCGUGCCUUAGAGGCUAGGGAACGCAAGCGUUCCCGUGGCAAUCGCAAGUCUUUGAGACGGACGCUGAAGAGCGGGCUUGGAGAUGACCUGGUGCAGGCACUGGGACUGAGCAAAGGUCCCAGCCUGGAGGUGUAA